CAGUUCCGUAGCGGUGCUACGGCGACUCUCGAUGGUCUUUCAUUCGACGGGCUCGGCUUCCAGAGAAUGGGCUCUACAGCAACACAGAGCGGAACACGAACUCCUAGCGGAGAAGCCCCUAUCCUGCUCGACGACAAGGAACUGGGUAGGGGGGCUCAAGCUGUGGUGACUCGGGUCUAGGACGUUAGCACCGGGCGCUAUUAUGCCGCCAAGAGACCUCACGCACAGCAUUUCUAUGGGGCAUUAGUGAUGGAGCUCAAGCUCCAGGACCAAAUUAGCCAUGUGCGACAACAUCGUGCAGUACAUCCUCGAAUAUUCAACGGCAGCACCAGUUCUGAGAAUGAUCCUUGAAUACGCCCCUCUCGGGACUCUGGAAGACCAGGCCGGCGUGGAAUGGUUCUCACCCCAGGAGAGCUUAGAGAUUCUUCGUCAAGGCCUAUCCGCCCUGCGACAUCUCCACGAGCGAGAGGAUCCAAUCGUCCAUAGAGACAUCAAGCCGGGAAAUAUCCUUGUACAGUCGCGAAAUCCCCUCCACAUCAAGCUCUCCGACUUUGGCCUGUCCAAGGAGAGCCAGGACUACUUGAAUACGCUCUGCGGCACGCGGCUCUACGCGGCUCCGGAGAUCUUCAGGCAUCAGAGUUACGAUUCGGCCGUCGAUAUUUGGUCCCUUGGCGUGGUUAUUUUUGAAUACGCGCACCAGCUUCCAAAUUUCCGCGGGUCACAGCCGUUCGACGGACUGAGGUGGACUGACUAAAUCGUGGCGGCUCUCUGUGCCUAGAUAGAGAUUUCGUAUUGCCCCCUGCUUACAUUUCUGUCGAGGGCCAUGCUGGUCAUUGACCCGCAGCGUCGCUAUUCGGCUCAAAGAUGCUGGAAGGAGACGCAGCAGCUCGAAGUAUUCUCGCCUUG